CGUGCAUGCGCCGAACAUUCGCAGGUGCAGAGUCCAAGGUGAACUCUCGCAGCAGAAUUACCUACAAUUGUCACAAUACUGCUAAAGUCGGAGCCUUGCAUAUUCGGAGACUUCUGCCGGCCCAGCCACCGCCGAAUGCCGUUCCACCUGCACCGAGCUGCAUUCACUUCGAGACAUCGUCUAGCGACAAGGCAGCUCCGCCGCGCAAACAACACCAACCCGGUGGCAAUCAUCAGGCCUUGGGCAGCAUUCUCGCUGUUCAACGAUCUCCCUCGUAGGUCUUGACCACCCGGAUCCGUCAAUAUGGCGUCGCAACUCGCGCCCGAGCAGGCCGCUUCAUAUAGCGCGAUCAUCGACAGGAUUCUCGCAAAGUCCGACCUCAAUACCGUCUCCGCCAAAAGCAUUCGCAAAGGGCUCCAGGCCAAAGUCGACUAUGACCUCGCACCACAAAAGACGCUCAUUACAGCGCUUAUUAUGGAGCGGUUCGACAAAUUCCAGUCCGGUAAUGGAGUGACCGCGCCAGAGCCAGCUCCCACCGCCAAUGGCAUUACGAAAUCCGCGAACGGCAACGAUGCUGCUUCAUCCGCCGCAGCCUCACCGCCCGUAACUGGUAGCAAGCGGAAAGCUUCCUCGGAGAGCGACCUGAGCGAUGUCAAGGACGAUUCGCCGGUCCCGAAGAAAGUGAAGAAGAGCAAGGCACCUACAUCGGGCGACGUUGAGUCUGACGAGAAGAUGGCAGCACGUCUGCAGGCCGAGCUCAACGCUCAGACGUCCUCGAGGGCUACACGUGGAGGCAACACAAAGCGCAAGACCCCAGCAAAGAAGGCAACGAAGAGCAAGAAGAAGAGCGCGGCCAAGAUCGGUGCGGAAGAUGACUCGGACUUGGAGGGAGGCAGUGGAGUGGAAAAGCCCGAGAAGGAGAAGAAAGGCGGCUUCCAUAAACCAAUGCAUCUCUCCGAGCCGCUCGCGGCCAUGCUCGGCGAAAAUCAACUCUCUCGGCCACAGACCGUCAAGCGGAUAUGGGCCUAUGUGAAGGAGCGCGACCUGCAGGAGCCCACCGACAAGCGGCAGAUCAAUUGCGAUGAAGCGAUGCGGGCGGUCUUCAAGAGCGACAAGGUCCACAUGUUCACGAUGAACAAGCUUCUCGUGCAGCAUCUCUGGCCGGUGGAGGAGGCAGACCUGGUGGCUGCAAGCUGA